AUGUCUUCUGCUGCUGCACCUUUUGUUCCCAAGGCUGAGUCCUUCAACUCCCCAAAGAGCAAGGCUGCCAACGGCCAUGCAGUCCGGAGCUCAAGCAGGAAUGAUCUCAUGCUGCCAGAUGGGGAUGAUCUCCUGGGCAUGACAGCCCACACACCAGGAGAACUUGCACAAGCGCUGAGCAGCAGGGCUCCAUGGAAGAGCACUGGCUUUAGUGGAACAGAUGGUGCAGCGCCGGGGACAAAGAUGGAGAGUGCACCUUCUGGCGCCAGUGCAGUGGCGCCAACAUCUCCAUCCAGGCCGUAUGGUUCUGGUUACAGCCAGGGAUAUGCACCGUCCCCGAACAAGGGUCGCGGCAUGGCCCAGGCGCCAGGCGUGCCGGGUCGAGGCGCUGCCGCUCUGGGGCGCGGCCGGGUCGGCCCGGAUGUUUCCGGCAGGGGCCGAGGCAGGAGAGGUGGUCCUGGAGUAGGAAUGCAGGGCGGCAUGCCACAGGGCGCAGGGGCGCAGGGUUCAGUGUCUCUCACACCGCAUGGCAUUGAGCUGAGCAAGUCAUCUGCGGCGGCUGGCUACUUUGCUGAUCGCCUCAGGACGGACGAGCGCCAGCGCUCAUACAUGACACUGCAGCAGGUGAACUCUGGGGAGCCAGACUGGGGACUUCCUGAGAUGGUGCAGCAAUACCAUUCAUUGUAUCCCUUGGAAGACAUUGCAGCAGCGCGCGAACAGCCAUCCCAGGCAUUCGGCAUUCCCACCAUCGUCCUGAAAGGUGUUCCUCCCAGCCCCGAGCUUGCCACUUCAGCACAGGAGGUGGUGCAGAGCUGGACGCUGCUGAGCAGCCAUCCAAACCUGAAUGUUCCCCCAAUGGCUCGCAGUGCUCCUCCCACAGAGGAGCAGUUGUGGAGCUAUCUUGUGCAGCUGAUCUCUGCCCUGAGGACGGCGCAUGGCUCCGGCCUGCUCCUGCGACCCGCAUCCCUGCUGCCCUCCAAAGUCCUCCUUACAAGUCCUGGCCGCAUCCGAGUUGGUUCGCUGGGGGUGGCGGACGUGAUGGCGGGGGAGAUAAGCAGCCGCGAGGAGCUGCAUGCGCUGCAGCGGGAGGACCUGACGGCGGUGGGGCGGCUGCUGCUGGUGCUGGCCUGCGCAGGGGCGCCCCCCAGCCUGGACUACGUGGCGGCCGGCUUCUCACAGGGCCUCACUCGCACCAUUUCUGCCCUCCUUGCUUCCUCCCAGGGCAGCUCCUUCGCCUCCUGGCAGCAGGUGGCGGCUGUGAUGAGCGAGCAGCUGGUGGCCGAGGUGUGGAAGGGCGCGGAGGACGGACGGCUGCUGCGCGUGCUGGUGCGCCUGAGCUCUGUGCUGGAGCGGCCCGACAGCGACAGUGACCCCCAGUGGGCGGAGACAGGGGAUCGGUACCUGCUGAAGCUGUUCCGGGACUUUGUGCUGCACCAAGUGCGAGAGGACGGCUCGCCCAUGCUGGACUGGGGUCACGUGGUCGAGUGCCUCAACAAACUGGAUGCCGGCGUGCCCGAAAAGAUCACGCUGAUGAGCCGGGACGAAGCCAGUCUCCUGGUGGUGAGCUAUGCAGACCUCAAGCGCUGUCUUGAGGGUGCCCUGGGAGAGCUGAGGACCAGGGGCUUGAACUCCCGGCCUCAGAUCCGCUUGGAUGCUCGCAGACGUUGA